UAUUAAUCGAUCGUCAAAUAAAACUAGAUAUUUCCAGCAGUUAUUGCUUAAUAACCGCAAGUAGUGCCAACUUUAUAAACUUGAAGAAAAUUUCUACUGAAAUAUAUCUGAAAAAAAAAAUAUCCAAAUAUUAUCAGAUUUUACUAUAACAGAAGAAUUAUUAAACAUUAAAAUUUCUAAGAAGUUUUGGUCGAGUAGGCGAGAAGAUUCUAAAACAUCGAGAUGGCUUUGCUUGGGCUGUGUGUCCGAAACGGCAGAGGCCGUUACAUCACCAAAAUUCUCUCGUUCGGCAUUUUGUGGGCCCUCACCGUGUACACUUUGUACCAAUUCAGGUCCAUCACCAUCGACGUGCCGGUGCCGCAUUUGAAUAGCAGAUUUCUUCUACAAAAACGUAUGGAUCCUCUAACGAGGCAUACGGAUAGCACAACCGAGAGUUUGAGCUUCGACGCGGAGCCCUUCGUCGACAAGAGCCCCAUGUUAACAGAAGAUAAUCUCAUCGAGGACAUACAAAAGAGAAUGCCCAACUUGCCCAUCGUCUAUUGGAACAAAAACAAGAACAAACCGAUGGGACACAACAACACUUGCGCAAGGUUUCCGUCGAUGUUCGAUCUGGAAUUCAACAACAUCUACUGGCAGACGUUGCGCACCACGAACGGCACCUUUCAAUUGUUCGGCGCCUACUUGGACAAACGGCCGAACAAUCGGCUGGGACCGACGGUGCGGAUAUUGGGCAUGAUCGAUCGCAUCGAACCGACCGUCAUCACCUACUGUCAGUUCUGGUUCGACGGUCGCAAGGAUCCCGUCGUCGCCAAGAGUUUCGAAUACAAAUACAUUUGGUAA